AUGCCAGUGCUCGCAACUAAUGCUGAGUCAGAAACAGGUAUCCCAAAAUCCUUUUCUAAUGAGCUUCCUUCAGAAAUCAUGGAGGAGAUAGAGCACACAUGUCCUCAGCCUCGGCUGACUUUGACGGCACCGGUUCCAUUUGCAGGUGAAACAAGCUGUCAAUGCAAAGCUCCUCAUGAGAAGCUAACCAUUGCUCAGGCCCAUCUUGGAACACCAGUGGAUAGACCUGUCAGAGUCUAUGCAGAUGGAAUAUUUGAUCUCUUCCAUUCUGGUCAUGCAAGAGCUCUCAUGCAAGCCAAAACUCUGUUUCCUAAUAGCUACUUAUUAGUAGGAGUUUGCAGUGAUGAUCUAACACAUAAGUUUAAAGGUUUCACUGUAAUGAAUGAAGAAGAACGUUAUGAGGCCCUCAGACACUGCCGCUAUGUAGAUGAAGUAAUCAGAGAUGCUCCAUGGACACUCACAGCAGAGUUUUUGGAAAAGCAUAAGAUUGAUUUUGUAGCCCAUGAUGAUAUUCCAUAUUCUUCUGCUGGUUCAGACGAUGUUUACAAGCAUAUAAAGGAGGCGGGUAUGUUUGUACCAACUCAGAGAACUGAAGGCAUCUCAACUUCAGAUAUUAUCACUAGAAUUGUACGUGAUUAUGAUGUUUAUGCCCGUCGCAACUUGCAAAGAGGAUAUACUGCUAAAGAGCUAAAUGUCAGCUUUAUAAAUGUAAAAGAAAUACCGUUUUCAAAUCAGGUAGACAAGAUGAAAGAAAAAGUGAAGAACGUGGAAGAAAGAUCUAAAGAAUUUGUCAAUAGAGUUGAAGAAAAAAGCCAUGAUCUCAUUCAGAAAUGGGAAGAAAAGUCUAGGGAGUUUAUUGGCAACUUCUUAGAACUAUUUGGACCAGAUGGAGCUUGGAAGCAGAUGUUUCAAGAGAGGAGUGGGCGCAUGCUUCAAGCCUUAUCUCCAAGGCAAAGUCCCACAAGCAGUCCAACACGGGGACGUUCCCCAUCACGUUCCCCAUCUCCUCCUUCCCCUUGGCUCUUCAGAAAAGCUUCACCGCCUUCUUCCCCAAAGGUUGCCUCAGCAUCCAUUAGCAGUAUGAGUGAAGGUGAUGAGGAUGAGAAGUAA